UACGCUUCUGGCACACGCGAAGAGGAGUUUGUCCUUUUCACUGGAGAUGUGGCAGAAAUAAAAGGGAAAGAUAUGGAGUACGAUUAUAUUAUUACUAAAGAUGCUUUUAUUCUACUGAAGCCUAAAAUUGGUGCUUUACUUCCGAAACAAAUAUUUUUGUUUAAUUAGUGUAUUUGAAUAAUUAUGACGUUAGAAUAUGACGUUUGCAAGACACUCUUAUGAGGCAAUUACUAAUGGAAAAAUAUUUCCUACUAAAUAUUGUGCAGAAAUUUCAAUGGAGUAUUUUGUGGAAUUUUUUGAUUACAGAACAUUGGGAAGAUUUUAUCAGAUUGCUACAGUAACAAGCAUGAGUAACAACACUACAGUACAGAUGAAGCUUGGAAGUUUCUAUUCGUCAGAAAGUGGAAUGUCUAAAGAUCGUAAUCUGUUACGUCGCGUGGGAUAUCUGCACUCCAUCCCUCGCUACCUGGCAGCCAACGGCCAAACUACAGUCUUCCCGAUUCUCAAUAGACCCAAGAAUGCAGCAUAAAACAUUAACUUUUAACUGCAUUGUUUCCACACAUGUUUGCCAGUCAAAUUGCUUGUGUUGAAAAAUUUGCUAAUCCUAUAAGUAUUUUCGGUUUAUGACUGUGUCUUGGAAAAAUCCUUGUGUUUAUUAGGCGCUCUUAAAAAUCACGGAGAAAGCGGACAGUCACCGGAUGGGAAAAACGAACAUAUGUCCAUCGAAAAAGGCUGUUUUUUCCUCAGGAACAAAGUCACCCCCGCUAUACGUUGGUAGGAGACUUCUUCAUAUCCUUUUCAUUAGAGUGGGUCAUAACCAAUCGGCAUCGCGGAUCGUUACCCUCACUUCCUGGACGAAAAGUGUGAACAACGAAUCCGCGUUCUUCGAUCAAAGGCCAUACCCACACCAACCUUUCCUCCGAGACACCAUAAGAGCAAAUCAGUCAGUGAUCAAGGAGUCGUCAACCAAUCUUCAGUCAGUCUUCAACGAGUGUUCGGUCGAUCUCCAGCAAGUCGUCAGGCAGUCGUGUUCAAAGAGUCUUUAAAAAGUCAACAAAUCAAAUACAAUCAGUCGACAAAAUACAUCAUCAUACCCAACGAUACAAAAAGAGUCUCAGUGUGUUGCAGACGCCCAUUAAUCAUUCUUUGCAACUAUCACCGCCCAAUCGUUCGAUCAGGUGGAUCAACGUAUUAUCGAUCGAUCGGAUCGAUCAGGACUAAACUGCAUCGGACUAUCUGGCAUCGAUUUUCAACAUCUCAUUCCCACGCAGAAAGAAAGAUGGAGCCUUCUCUAUUGAUUCACCCCUAUUCAAGAAAUGCUGCUUGGCUACUGAGAAACACGUGAUUGCGUUCGUAAACUGUUGCACACCCCACUCGGAGUGCACAGCGCGACGCCGAGGCGCGUAUUUCGUCACGAGCAUUUAUCUUCUUUCCUCUCUGCCCUGUGUUCGUUAUUUCAAUCGUGUUCUCGAGCUAGAAGUCUCUAUCUCCUAUAUCGGAGAGCACCAUAACUGUGUCGUAAACGGAAAUCGCCGACUUCCUAAAUAAACUGAGGCUAUUUGGCAGUCACUGAUAAAUCGUGCUAGGAAACGACACUCGGGUCCGUCAUAGCAUAGUUUUGGAUUCGGUGGAACGGAGAAUCCUUACAUCUUCUUGUCGUUUCACUGACUUUUUCAAAUAGAUUCAGACAAAAUGUGAUUUGAGACGGACGAAGAGAUUUUUUGAUUUAAAGAAACUCUAGGCCGAAGAAGAGUCGCCGAAUUAAUACCACCGUAAAGAGAGGAGGAACUCAGAGAAGAACGAUGGAGAUACUGGGAGUGAAAUUCGCACCGUUAAACGUUCCAUUAAAUCGAAGAUUAGAAACGCUCGCAGCCGCGCUUUGGAUCUUAAUUUUUGCAUUUGGAUACUUCGCGGGAUAUGUUCUCACCGCGUAUUUUCUUUUCUUCACCCAAACCAUGCGCUACUUCGUAUUACUUUACUUCGUGUGGAUGUAUUACGAUUGGAAUAAGUUCAAUGUUGGCAAAAUACGGCGAAAAUUCUUGCAGUGGAUUAGAAGCUGCGCGUGGAACCGAUACUUCUGUAACUACUUUCCUAUAAAAUUAGUGAAAACCACCGAUUUGGAUCCGAACAAGUUGUAUUUAUUCUGUAAUUUCCCGCAUGGAACCAUACCGUCAGGAGUUUAUGGCGCAUUCGGAACAGACAUCAUCGGCCGUAGAGAACUUUUCCCGGGUCUCGAAUUUAGGGUCGUCAUACUUGAUCAAUUCUUUAGGUCGCCGCUUUUCCGCGAAUAUUGUCGCAUCAACUGUGCUCUUGGAAGCAGUGCAGAGUGCAUAAAACAACAUCUAUCGACGAGACCUCCGCCACCGUACACCGGAAGGGCGACAGUUCUGAUCCCCGGUGGAGCGGCAGAAGUAUUCGAAUCUAAGCCGGGCACUUACCGCAUCUUGAUAAAAAGGAGAAAAGGCUUCGUAAAGCUCGCGUUGCAAAAUGGAAACCCUCUGGUUCCUGUCUGUUCCUUCGGAGAAACGGACAUUUUCGAUCAAGUGAUCUGUCCAGAUGGCUCGUACACGAGAAGACUACAGGAGUUCAUUCGUAAGAAAAGCGGUAUACCGCUGGUUCUACAGAAUGGUCGAGGAUUCUUCCAAUACACUUUCGGUCUUAUCCCUCGACGAAAGCCAAUUACCGUCGUUGUCGGUAGUCCGAUGGAGUUACCAAAGAUAGAAGAACCAACGAGAGAACAAGUCGGAGAAUAUCACGAGAAAUUUGUCAAUCACUUGGUGAACUUUUUUGAGAACGAAAAACACAAGUACAUCGAGAACGCGGAUUCGGUGCAUCUUGAGUUCGUAUAAUGAUAUGACGAAAUAAUGAUCAUUUAUAACGAACCCGCGCAGUGAUUGUUCGAAGGACCAAGAAAUUGCUCAAUUCUAAACGUACAACGUGUAUUUAUAUAUCAAAUAAGUUUUAAGAUGUGAAAGAUUUGUGCAGAGAAUUAACAACUGUUAAACGAUGUAGUCAAUUUGAUAAUUACGUCUUAAGAACUUUGCAUAGAAAAGAACCAAUAGAGUUUAUGGUAUCAUGAAUAAGGACCGAAGCGCUAUACAGUAUGUCCAGUUUAAAUGUAUGCACGUUACCAUAUCUCUAAUUAUUAGAAAUAUAAAUAUACUUUUGUAUGAAGCUUUUAUUGUCGAAGAAAACUUUCAAAAUUUUGUUUAAUUUAUUUCAUUGAAUCCAUCGUUAAAUUUCAUUAUCGAAUGAAAUAACUUUUUUUUAGCUAAUGGUCUAAUUGUAUAGCUCUCCUUAAAAAAAGAAAUAGUUGUAGCGGCACUCGACAUUAAACAUUCCAACCGUUUCUGUCUCGUGGCUCGCGACACACAGACUCUAUUCUUCGGGCAAGAUGUCAAUGCAUCUCCACAUUACAUGUUCAGCUAGCCUGAGGACCCGCUAUAAAUCUUAGGAUUUAGUUAACUAAGGUCCUUCAAACGGACAAACAGUCUUUAUCCUAACAGUCCCUAAAUCUAUCACCUGCUACUGGAAGAUACGGGAAAUCUGCUUUUCUCACGAACGACACUGCCCGCUAGCAUCCUUCUUCAACCGCCAACAUAGAAAUUAACCAAUUAAUAGGAACGUCCAUUUCCCUCACUUUCCGAGCGAAGGUUUUCCUCGACGAAUCCGAUGAUCUCGUGUUCUUAGACACACCCCAUCAUAAUUUUCCUCUGCAGCAUGAUCGGGACGGAAAGUCAUUCUCUCGUGAGGUCUCAGUAGCGAGUUAUGUAGCGUCUUUACGCUCGGUGAAUAUUCUACGUUUUAACAAAGGGUUAGUUUAGUAAUACUUGUGCCGUAGACAAUCAAGUUGAGUACAACUUUGACUUUGGAAAAAAGCGCAUUUUGCUAUCCCAUUGACCGAGGAUUCGUUAUUGAACCUAGGAUCAUUGUCAUUAGCAUCUCGAGUAUCUAAUAACUACGGUUACUUGUCAAAUUCUGUAAUAAUCACAUUUAUACUAGUAAAUAUUAUCUCUAUUGUAUAACAACAAUGUCUAUUUCAAAUAAAGAUUCGUUACACGUC